AUGUUUAGUAUUAUUAUUGCACUAAGUGCGUUAUACGUCGCAAGUGAUGCAACAAGUAGUUGUCAUGAAAUACAACAAUCGCACUUGGCCUCUCUUCACGAACGCAUGAACCACAUGCUCAGCACAUUAUACUCGUCACCGUUAUUCCCAAAGACUCCACCCACAACAACUACACCACCCAGUACCUCGACCCCGGAAUCAUCACCACAAGAACCAUCAUAUUAUUCUUAUCCGCCACCAGUGGUCUAUCUCCCAUCGCCGGCCCCAUAUUACGGGAAUGAACCUGCAGUGCAACCUGAGUAUUCCCAUCCAUGGACCUACGAACAGUAUUACCAGUAUUACAAUCCACCUACCCCUGUAGGUGCUCCUGCUCCACCGAUACCUCCUACUCCUGUCACUUAUCCCUAUCCCUAUCCACCUCCAACUUAUGAUUAUUCCUCUAUCCAUCCUCCGGAGUAUCCCUCCUAUAGACCUCCAUACCCCUAUCCAAACUACCCUCCCGCAACGUACCCUCCUGCAACGUACCCACCUGCAACCUACCCCCCUCCAACCUACCCCCCUUCAACCUAUCCACAUUAUCCGCCUCCUCAUUAUACCUUGUAA